AUGAGGCUAUGUAUUGAUUACCGGCAGUUGAAUAAGGUGACAAUAUGUAAUAGGUAUCCUUUGCCUCAGAUUGAUGAUUUGUUCGAUCAGUUGAGGGGUGCUAAAUAUUUUUCUAAGAUUGAUUUGAAAUCAGGGUAUCAUCAGUUGAGGAUCAGAGAAGAGGAUAUUCCCAAGACCGCAUUCAAAACGUGGUAUGGUCAUUAUGAAUUUCUGGUGAUGCCUUUUGGACUGACGAAUGCUUCAGCAGCAUUUAUGGAUCUCAUGAACAGAGUGUUCCGACCAUGCUUGGAUCACUUUGUGAUUGUGUUCAUAGACGAUAUCUUGAUUUACUCCAGGACUCUAGAAGGGCAUAAAAAGCAUCUGAGAUUGGUAUUGAAGACUUUAAGGAGAAAGCAACUUUAUGCCAAAUUCACAGCACCUCUCAUGCAGUUGACGAGGAAAGACGUUAAGUAUGAGUGGACAGAGGAGUGCGAACAAAUUUUUCAGGAGCUGAAGAAGCGGUUAACCACCGCACCUGUUUUGGCUCUUCCGGAUAACUCAGGGAAUUUUGUGGUCUACAGUGAUGCAUCUUUGCAAGGCUUGGGAUGUGUUCUGAUGCAGCAUGAUUGGGUGAUUGCUUAUGCCUCGAGACAACUCAAGAAGCAUGAGCAGAAUUAUCCUAUCCAUGACUUGGAACUUGCUACAGUAGUGUUCGCUCUCAAGAUUUGGCGACAUUACUUGUAUGGUGAGAAGUGUCAGAUUUUCACUGAUCACAAGAGCCUCAAUUACUUUUUCACUCAGAAGGAGUUGAAUAUGAGACAGCAGUGUUGGCUUGAAUUGAUUAAAGACUAUGACUGUACGAUUGAGUAUCAUCCUAGCCGAGCUAAUGUGGUUGCAGAUGCACUGCGUAGGAAGACUAAUGGAAACUUAGCUCAUCUAAGAACGACCUAUCUUUCGUUAUUAGUGGAACUGCGGAAGGAUGGAGUAGAAUUGGGAAUGACUCAACAGGGUGGAAUUCUUGCUAGCUUACAUGUGAGAUCCAUUUUGGUGGAAUGGGUAAUUGCAGCCCAGUUGGAGGAUCCGACACUCUGUAAAAUAAGGGGAGAAGUGGAAAAUGGUACACGGACAGAUUAUGCCAUAAGGGAAGAUGGGGCUGUGGUAAUGGGAACUCGUCUCUGUGUGCCUAAGAGUGAUGACUUGAAAAGAGAAAUCAUGGAAGAAGCUCACUAUUUUGCUUACACUAUGCACCCAGGUAGUACCAAGAUGUAUCGAACCCUACGGGAAUAUUACUCAUGGCCGCAUAUGAAGGGAGACAUUGCCAAGUAUGUGAGCAUAUGGUUAAAUUGUCAACAAGUGAAGGCGGAGUGA